AUGGCAUCCUUUUCCGCAGCGGCCGCGACGCGAAGCCAGCCAUCAGACGCAGCAAUGCUCGCCAGAAACCGGGCCCAGUCACCACCGGUAUCUUUGCAGAGCUUGAGAACCAACAGCCCAAUCUCGCAAGACUUGUCACACUUCCGAGAGGUAAACGGAAGCUUCCUUGGCGGCUCUCAGACGCCCCGAUCCAACGCGACGCAGACGUCGCUACCGUCGCAAGGGGUCGAGUCGAACCUUUCCUUCACUUCCUCCAUCCAGCAGGAGGAAGCGGCACUGCGGUGGGAUUCGGAGGAGGAGCUGCGGAAGGUCUCGAGAAGUCUUCUCCGGCUUCAAAAAUGGGGCCUCAUCGUCGGGCUCGCGCUCCUCAACGGCGGGCUCAUCUACGUGUCGGUCAGGUACUGGCAGGUCUACUACCUGUUCAUCGUCCUGCUGAGCUCCAACACGGUGUUGCAGGCGGCCAUGGUCGUCUGCAUCAUCGGUCAUUUCCUCGUCAGCCGGGUGCUUUGCCGCUGCUGGGCAGACGAGGAGAUGGCACCGGAGUCGGCGGAAAAGAUGGUGAUGCUUCUUCCCUGCUACAACGAAACGCGGGAGGAGCUGACGCGCUCGCUCGACUCGCUGGUCGAUCAGAAGGGCAUUUCCGACCACGCGCGCGUCAUCCUCAUCGUCGUCGACGGCAACGUCCGCGGGCCGGGCAUGAGCAAGACAACGCAGCGGCAUCUGCUCGAGGACAUUCUCGAGCCGGGACCUUGGCGGCGCUUCGGCAACGGGUACCGAGCUCGCGACGGCCUCUUCAUGCCGGUGACGACGCAGACGGGACACUACCGGGGCGUGCCGUACGUGCUCGUCGGUAAGCGGCACAACCAAGGCAAGCGGGACAGCCUCUGCUUCGCCCGCUCCUUGCUCUACCACUUUCAGAUGCGGUCGGAAAACGUGGUGACCAUGUUCAACAACGACCUCUUCGAGCACGUCGGCGGCCUCCUCGUGCAGCACGGGGUCGACAAGGUCGACUACCUCGUGGGCAUGGACGCCGACACCGUCUUCGACGAGCACUGCGUCGUCGAGAUGAUCAGGGAGGUGCGCAAGAACCGGCGGCUCGUGGGCGUGUGCGGGCACGUGUGCGUCGACUUUGCCGGGCGAAACUUUGGCCUCUGGUCGCUCUACCAGUCGGUCGAGUACUCGCAGACGCAGGGGCUGCGGCGCAUGUUCCAGUCGCGCAUCACGGGCAAGGUCAACUGCCUCCCGGGCUGCUGCCAGCUCCUCCGGGUGGACGAGUCGACGUUUGGCGACGGCGUGCUGCGGCAGCGGUUCGGGUACUGCCCGAAGCCCAACGACGUCAUGACGCGGCACAUCAUGGGCAACUACUCGGAGGACAGCAUCCACGCGUCCAUCAUCUUCAGCCAGUUCCCGGGCAAGCAGACGGCGCAGGCGCUGCGGGCCAAGGCAUUCACGGCGGUGCCGCAGUCGUGGAAGGUGUUUCUGUCGCAGCGGAAACGGUGGGCGCUCGGCAGCGUCUCCAACGAGUUUGUCAUGAUCUUCCGGCCGGGCAUCAUCCUCGUGGAGAGGGUGCAGAGCAUCGUGGCCGUCGUCACCUGGGCCAUCACGCCCUUUAUCAUGGCCGCCGUGGUGCAGCUCAUCAUGCUGUUCGUCAGGCACGGGGCCAAGCUGUUCCAAGACGGCGCGUUCCUCGGCUUGAUGUGUGUUUUGUGGGCGCGAUACCUGUACUCGUUCUGCAUCGUCUUCUGGCUGCCACGCAACAAACUCGAGCGGAUGCAAUACGUCGUCGGCUACUUUGUCCACUUCUUCUCGUCGCCGUUGAUGAACAUGAUCGUCCUCGUCUAUUCGCUCCUCCACUCGGACGACUUCCAAUGGGGCAAGACGAGAGAGGUCAUCGUGGAGGAAGGGGAAAAGGCGGGCGAUGGCCUCGGCGGCCGCAGCACACACUGA